CCUCUUUACUGUGUCUAACCCAGGGAUUUCAAACGGGGUUUUUCAGAAUUUAAGUAUGGUCCCCCCUAAUUGAUAAUCAAGAUUGCGGAGUGUUCUAAAAUAACCCUUUCCAUUUUCUGUAAUUAGAAACCCAGAGAAACUCUGGAUUUUCCACGGUACAUAAUCUAUAUUUAUUCAUAUUCCCUCUCUCCCUGCCUCCCCUCCCCCCCACUUCCUCGUGCGCGUGUGUGCGCGCGCUUGUGCGUGCGUUUCCUUUCAUUUCUAGAAUUAGGAAACUCGUUCAGGGCCACUGAAAAGUCAGGAGAGGCUCAAAUCUGAUCUCUCACGGAUUCUUUCCUCUAAUGUUAGGUAAUGUCCGGAAACGUUGUCACCAAAUAAGUAUGAGAGUAUUAUUUUGGAGAAACAGUUAACCCCUACCAAAAUAUAAAGCGCCAGAGGAAAAGAGGUGAGACUGGAAGACAAGGAAGCCCUUUGCAUUCGCUGGUGGAGCAAAGUGCGAUCAGGGGACGGGCUGGGGUUCCAGUCCUUAUACUUCAGCACCGGAGGGGAUGGACAGCGUCUCUGGACUGGGCUGCCGUCACAGGGACAGAACUGCGCUGCCCUUGCUACCACUGUCGUCGCCUCGGGGAUCUGGGCUCCCUGCUCCUCGCAGCUAAAAGGCGGUGCCUCCUGAUACCCCUUGGUUCCCCCUCUCUUUCCUUGAUAGACGGAAAGUAACCCUUCUUAUCCACCUGCUACAACUACCAUACAGGGCUCUGAGGAGUCCUAUUUUUCCACAGAUUAAACUCUGAGCAACAACUUCAAGAAUAUUUCUCCGCAGGGGGCUGGGAGGAAAUGCAAGCAGGAGAGUGAAGUUGAAGUUCUUAAAGGCUCUGAAAAACCAUGGGCUCUGCAGAAGGGGUUGAAAUGCUCAAAGGCCCACACUUCAUGAAAUAAACAGAAUGCUCACGGGAGAGUUGCAACUAUUUUGGAAAUAGCUUUGAAAGAAGAGUUCCAGAUCUACUCUCAUCCCUACCUUAGAGACUGAGACUUCUAAUUCCUUUACUCGGCUGACGACAUCCUUUGAGGUGCCGUAGCACAUGGAUUUCAGGACUGCCUGUGAAGAGACAAAGACAGGGAUUUGUUUGCUGCAGGAUGGUAAUCAGGAGCCUUUCAAAGUCCGGCUGCACCUAGCCAAAGAUAUUUUGAUGAUCCAGGAACAGGAUGUGAUAUGUGUGUCUGGUGAGCCUUUCUAUUCUGGUGAAAGAACGGUGACCAUUAGAACAACUGUAGGAGGAUUUGGAUUAAGCAUAAAGGGAGGAGCUGAACAUAAUAUUCCAGUUGUCAUUUCAAAAAUCUCCAAGGAGCAAAGAGCGGAACUUUCAGGGCUGCUCUUUAUUGGAGAUGCAAUUCUACAGAUAAAUGGAAUUAAUGUGAGAAAAUGCAGACAUGAAGAAGUGGUUCAGGUGCUUCGGAAUGCUGGAGAAGAAGUGACCCUCACAGUGUCAUUUUUAAAAAGAUCACCUGCUUUCCUCAAACUCCCACUGAAUGAAGAUUGUGCAUGUGCUCCAAGUGACCAGAGCAGUGGCACCUCCUCUCCUCUUUGUGAUAGUGGUUUGCAUCUCAACUAUCAUCCCAACAAUACAGACACAUUAUCAUGUUCUUCAUGGCCAACAUCUCCGGGUUUGAGAUGGGAAAAGCGAUGGUGUGACCUUAGGCUGAUUCCACUGCUUCAUUCACGUUUUUCUCAGUAUGUGCCUGGGACAGAUUUGAGUCGGCAGAAUGCUUUUCAAGUCAUUGCUGUGGAUGGGGUCUGCAGUGGGAUUAUUCAGUGCCUCUCUGCUGAAGACUGUGUUGACUGGCUACAAGCAAUAGCAACUAAUAUUUCAAACCUCACAAAGCACAAUAUUAAAAAAAUCAACAGAAAUUUUCCUGUAAACCAGCAGAUAGUCUACAUGGGCUGGUGUGAAGCACGGGAGCAAGACCCUUUGCAAGACCGUGUGUACUCACCGACAUUUCUAGCCCUGAGGGGAUCAUGUCUUUACAAGUUUCUGGCACCUCCAGUGACAACAUGGGACUGGACCCGAGCAGAGAAAACAUUUUCAGUUUAUGAGAUUAUGUGCAAGAUUCUCAAGGACAGUGACCUUUUGGACCGGCGGAAACACUGCUUCACGGUGCAAUCUGAGUCUGGGGAGGAUCUCUACUUCUCCGUGGAGUUAGAGUCUGACCUUGCCCAAUGGGAAAGAGCCUUCCAAACAGCAACCUUUCUGGAGGUGGAACGGAUACAGUGCAAGACAUAUGCAUGUGUGCUAGAAAGUCAUCUAAUGGGACUCACAAUUGACUUUAGCACUGGAUUUAUCUGCUUUGAUGCUGCAACAAAGGCUAUACUUUGGAGAUAUAAAUUUUCUCAGCUUAAAGGUUCUUCAGAUGAUGGCAAGAGCAAAAUCAAAUUUUUGUUUCAGAAUCCAGAUACUAAGCAGAUUGAAGCAAAGGAGCUGGAAUUUUCAAAUCUAUUUGCUGUUCUUCACUGCAUUCAUUCAUUUUUUGCUGCCAAAGUAGCUUGUUUGGACCCUCUCUUUUUAGGCAAUCAGGCUACCGCUUCUGCUGCUGCCAGCUCUGCUACUACAAGCAAAGCAAAGUAUACAACUUGACAUACCGAGAUUUGCAUUGUCACUUACUAUGACUAUAUAAAGAAAAUAAACAUAGUCAUCAUUUUAGACCCUGGAGAAACAAUCAUAUCACCAAGUAAACAGUGAAUUCAGUUUGAAAUUUGAACAGAAAGCAAGGUCAUAAGGGAUCUCAAAAGCACUUCUAUUUUGGAAGGCAUUGUGAAUAAUCUCAAAUGAACAUAGCAGCUUGUUCUCAUCGAAAGUGAAGACAAAAGAAUGAAUGAUUCAACGUAUGUAAAUAAUAUACAAAUUGUAAGCUACCUAUAAAUAAAAAUACCACUUAAAUGGUUAUUUCUGUAUUUUAGAUUAUUUUGUAUGACAAAUAUAUGUUGGGCCAGAUCAUGAACUAAUGCCCUAUCAUUGAAUUUUGAGUGAUAUAAAGGAGGCAAAUAAACCACAUGGCAGCGAAGAAAAUAGCAUGUAAAAAAUUUCAUCAAAGAAGAAAGCACUUUAAUUUGCUAAUGUAGAUUUUCCUUGCAUUCUCAUUCUGCAAUAUGACACUGGCAUUCCAAUUUUAUCUUGUUGUCAACUAUUCCUAAGAUUUUCAAAAGAAUAAAUACAUUGAUUCUAUGAUAGUCACAAUGUAAAAUGUACUAUUUUUCCUUAAAUCACUGAUAUCAAUAUUUUAUUGCUGCUAGUGUCAACCAAAUAUGCUGACAUGUGUUAAUUUAAUUAUGAACCAAGAAAACAUUCAUGAACCUCUUGUUCUUUCCUUCAUUUAAGAAGGUUUAUACUUACCUAAUGGGAUUUGUUAUCAAAUUAAUGUUUCAUAAAUUUUCAGUGACCCCAAGAACUUUUGUAGAGAAAAUAAUACAAAAAAUGUGGUGUGAGAAACUCAUACAAUUCUUUGUAUGCUAAUCUACUAGUUAAUCAUGGACUGAAAUGACCUUAGAGUGUAGUCUCAGUUUUACUUAUUUCAGGAAAAUGAUAUUUUCCCAUUUUAGAAAUAUUUUACGAGAAAGUAAGGUAAGAUAUGAAAAUAAAAUUUUUAAUUUCUAGCUUACCAUGUCAUAAAAGUGAUUAUAUAAUACAAGAGUAUGUGGGUUAUUUUAGUUAUCUUGUCUUAGUAAAUGUGAAGAAGCUGGAAAUUUGAAAGUAUCAGAGGUAUCUGCUCCUGACUCAGACCCUGGUAUUAUACAACUAUUCGUUUAAUGUGGAAAACACUGUCUGUACUUUACUACAGCUGUACUGAGAUCUGCUUUUAAACAACUAGCUGCCUAUUAAAAAAAAAAAGAAAAAAAUACUUUUUUUUAAAUUAACACACGUGUUCCCAACUAAAUCAAACAUAGAUAGUUCCUUGUGAAGAUGAUGAACUAUCCAAUAAGGUGGUUUAAUUUUCUUUUUUAAAUAGGAAAAAAAAAAGUACUCAAGAAGGAAACAAAAUUAUUUGCAAAAAGGACACAUGAUCAUUAUGCUUUAAAAUUUACUAAACCAUUUUCAUAAUCAUCAUAAAUUAUUUAUUCACUAUGCAUCUGGUUAAUUGUUAAGCAUGUUAAAUUAAAAAGAAAAAUUGAAGGUUCAUCAUUGUACCUGGCAAGAGUUAAGCUGGAUCUAGGACACCUUACUAAAAGAACUAUGGCUAGUUGGACACUACAUAGUUUAAAUAUAUUUUAUCUUGACCAUAACAUUAAUUAAUUAUAUUCAUAAUUGGGAUGACACUGUGGAAAUAUUGCUUACUAAGUAUUCACCCAAUAGUAUAGUCAUUCUAAAGUCAGAAGUCCACCAAAAGCUGACUUCAGUAAGCCUCUGUUGAGCAUAUGGGGGAAGAGCAGAGGGAGGCAACUACCUUAGGGUCAGAAGCAGUAGUAGCCACUUCAUUAUAGAAUCUCUGCUAUGAGCUAGAGUUGUAUCUUGGUGUGCCCCACAUUGGGGUAACAUUUAUGUGUCCACAGUGUGAUAAUCUGGUCUAUUAAGUAAUAUGAAGUGGCCUAGUUAGCCAAAAGGAAAAAAAAUAGUUUUAAAACUUAAAUACCUGUUAUAUAAUCAUUUUUAAUAAAUAAAAUAUCAGAUUUUUGUAAAAGCUCCAUUUUAAAUAUACAAAAAAACAAUUUAAUCAAAUACUCUUUUUCAUUAUAUCAAAAAAAUAUUCUAGUCUGUGCUUAUGUGUAUGAUGAGGGAAAAGGUGCACAAUGAGAUAUGUAUGGGUAUAUAUCUCCUUGUACAACACACACACACAUAUACAUGUGUGUAUAUGUAUAUAAUAAAAUGCUACCCUCAAAAUAUAUUAGAAUUAUUAGAAUAUAUU